AUGUACGACCUUUUUGACCGAUUGGACGCCCAAUUUGCGCGUCACUUGGCCAAUCGUGCAGACCCGGAGAGGCAAACUCUCGAACUUCUCUUCGGAGGAGUUCGCCGUGACUUCGAGAGUCACGGCAUUGUAGCUGAUCUGAUAUGGGUCGCGCUGCUGUAUGCAUGUCACAAUGGCUACGAAGAAGUCAUGGCCAAAGCGACCAGUCGAUCACAACGCACCUUCCACAGAUAUGGCCUUGUGACUCUGGCUGAAGUGCCCUAUCAAGACUUCGAGUACCAGGGCACUCGACCGUUCGAGACCAUUUCGUCUCCUGCCACAGCCAAGCUCAUGUGGGCCAGACCAGAGACAUUCUUCCGGCAUUAUCCUGGCCCAUUGGCCAGGCGCGCACAUUUGUGA